AUGUCCUCCGCUCUACUUCAACUCUUCCCUCUCUCCUUCUCCCUCUUCCCCACCAUACGCGUCUUCCAUGUCGACAUCCACGUUUGACGCACUCAUCGCCGACCUCACGCGCGACGCGCACCGCGCCCAGCCCAGGGACGCCCUGCAGUUCUGCGCUAAUUGGUUUCAGUCUCGUCUAGAAGAACAACGCGCCCUCUCUCGCGAUAUCCUCGCGCAACGACGCUCCUUUUCCUAUGAUUUGCCGCAGGAACACUACCAAGACAUCCCCAUAUCGUCCAGCGGAAGCGGCAGCGCUUUCGCGUCCGCCACCACCCCUCCUUACGAAUCCUCCAUACCGCCCCGUGCCCCCGUACGCCAGAGCAUAGCGCCCGGUCCAUUUGGUACUCUAGAUGUGCCGGGAAACGCGCUACUGCCUGAUACUACGCCUCGAAACAAUGCCGGUGGCAUGCUGCCACCCGUCCCUCCCGUCUUCAGAGUGAAUGGACAAGACCUGUCACCCGUGUCUCCCCUCACUGUUACUGGGCGCUACAGCAUUCAUGAGAGCAUGUUCACACCCCCGCCCGCCGAGACGAACGCAAACGCAGAAGAUUACCUCCAACCAUUCAGUUCCACGAUCUUGGCCCGCAGGACGUCCGUCAGUGCCGAGUCUAUCCCGGUAGAUAGCGACUCCAACGAGCCUCUCCCCGUGUUCCCCAAGACGCCGGAGCAACUGCGACGCAUAAAAGCGUCUAUCGCAAACAACUUCAUUUUCCGAGACCUGGACGAAGAGCAGGAGACCGGCGUCUUGAACGCUAUGCAGGAGAUGCAAGUGCCGAAGGACGAGGUGGUCAUACGGCAAGGGGAUGUGGGGGAGUACUUCUACGUCGUGGAGUCGGGUUUGUUCUAUUGUUACAUCCGCGAGGAUGAGAACAAGCCGUCCUGGUACACGGCGCCCCAAGGGUCCAGGCAGGCGCCUAUUCCCAACAAGCCCGGCUACCACCCCGAGUUCGGGAAGAAGGUGUCGGAAUGCAAGCCUGGAAGUUCGUUUGGUGAACUAGCGCUUAUGUAUGGGCAUCCGCGCGCUGCGACGGUGCAAGCCAUCGAGCCGUCCGUGCUGUGGUCCCUGGACCGAAUCACCUUCCGCACUAUUAUUCUCAAGGCGGCGCACAGGAGGCGGACAAUGUACGAGCAAUUCCUGUCCACCGUGCCACUCCUCUCGUCGCUUUCGGCAGAGGAGCGCAGCAAAAUCGCGGACGCGCUCGUUAGCCGCGUAUAUCAGGACGGCGAAGCAGUGGUCAGGCAGGGAGAGAUGGGCGACACGUUCUUCUUCAUCGAGGACGGUGAGGCAACCGUGACAAAGACACAGCAGGGCGAGGACGGACAAAUGAACGAAAUCACGGUGGGCCGCCUGACGAAGGGCGACUACUUUGGAGAGUUGUCGCUGUUGCGCAUGGCACCGCGUGCAGCGACGGUUAGCGCGAUCUUCCGCGCGAACCCGACGAUGCCGAAGUUGAAGGUGGCGGCCUUGGACGCCAAUGCGUUUACUCGCUUGCUCGGGCCGCUGCGCGAGAUCAUGGAACGCAACGCCGGGGAGGCGUACGGACUCCCCCCAUACAGAUUCCCGUCGAGUCCCUGAGUUUGUAUUACUGCCAGUGCUGUAUUGUGUAGCUCUCCUGUUUUCUGCUUGUCGUCUGCAAAGUACUUUACAAUAUUAUCGCGU